UCCAGACAUGCAACAUCUUUGCAUGUUAAUUCACAGGAGUUUAAAAACAUAAUUAUCAGGCAAUCAAAUAUUACUAAAAUGAAAAUCAGCUGUGGGAAAAUCCUUGCUGUGGUACAGGUUCCAGGUGAGCUGGAGGCGUGUCAGAGGGAGGAGUCAGCAGGCUAUCUGGAGGAUAUAAGUAAUCACACAGCAUCACACACCAUCAGACUGGAAACUCCAGUUAGAAGUCAAGACAACACAGUUGAUCUGCACAACUUCAUCAGGUUGAAGUCAUGUCUUCAGACAUCUUAGUAGUGGCUGCCCUUGGUAGACCUUUCACCUUAGGGGCGCUCUAUGAUGGUCGGCGAGAUAAACUGAUCCCAGAUUCCAAAUUGUGGGAACCUGACCAUAUAGAACAAAACACCCUUGACUGCCCUCAGCCUAGCAGUGCAUUUGAAAUCAUUGCAUCUGACGCCAUUGAUGACAAGUCUAAUCUGCUGGAUGUUGAAGCUUCUCUGAAAGCCAGUUUCCUGGGAGGACUGAUUGAAGUUGGAGGUUCUGCCAAGUAUCUGAAUGAUACUAAGAAACACAAGAAUCAGAGUCGAGUGACACUUCAGUAUAAAGUGACCACUAAUUUCAAACAGUUGAUAACUCUUCUUGGAACCCAAAUAGAAAAUUCAGAAUUAUUUGAAAACAUCCAGGCUACUCAUGUAGUGAUAGGGAUUCUUUAUGGGGCGAAUGCUUUCUUUGUCUUUGACAGUGACAAAGCAGAAUCUAGCAAUGUUCAGGAUAUCCAGGGCAACAUGGAGGCUAUGAUAAAGAAGAUUCCUUCAGUUGAAAUUUCAGGGCAAGGUGCGGUCCAGCUAACAAAUGAUGAAAGUGCCAUCACCAACAACUUCUCCUGUAAAUACCAUGGAGACAUUAUUCUUAAAAGCAACCCUACAACUUUUGAAGAUGCAGUUCAAACUUACCAGCAACUUCCACAAAUGAUGGGAAAAGAUAAGGCCGUUCCACUGACCGUAUGGCUUAUGCCACUGACAAAUUAUUACUCUGAAGCACCUCAGCUGCUUGCUGAUAGCAGCAUUCCAAUACUUAGGCAGGCUCGGAACCUUCUAGAAGCCAUAAGAGAACUGGAAAUGAGAUGCAAUGAUUCACUGGAGGACAAAAUAGUGAAAAUGUUUCCACAGAUUAGAAAGAAGUUGAGCGAUUUCCAAAACCUGCGUAACAAUUAUAUGUUAAACCUCCGACAGACCAUUGCAAAGAAACUUCUGUCCCUCCGAAGGGGAGAGGAAGAUCAGGCUUCAUUCCUCAAAGUUUUUGAGGAAAACCUCAGAUCACCAUUUAACAUCAAUAGUCUCAACAUGUGGCUGCAAUGUGAAGAAAGAGAGAUCAACGUCAUUCGGUCCUGCAUGGACAUUAUGGAGGGAGCAAAGGUCAAGGUUGUUUCAAGUCAGAGUGAGAUGGACAUGGAGCUGAUUGAUUCAGAAGUACAGCAUGCUGUGUGCUAUGUCUUCACCUAUGUGGUAGACCACGACCCCUUCCUGAAGGUGUUAACUGACUUCUUGGAUUCACCUAAACGAAUUGGAAAUCCUACUAAACUCAGACCACCAACCAAAAGCUACUGGUACACCUCAGAUGACAUACCAGAGAUGAUGAGAGAAAAAGCCCACCUUUUCUGCCAACUUGCCAAAGACAUGAAGAACCGCACUGUCCGUUUCCUGGUGGCAGCAAUAGAAAAUGUGAAGCAAGAAGGUGCAGGCAUCCACUAUUACAGGGAGGGCAUCAAGAUCAUUGAUGAUUUUACACGUCCUUAUAUGCCUCGUGUGGAGACCAUACAAGACAGAAGAGAGCUACGCUGGUAUGACUGUGAGCUCACCCUGGAUCCAGACACAGCACACCCGCUCCUGACUCUUUCUGAAGACAAGAAAGCAGCAGAAUCUGGAAAACGGCAGUCUUAUCCAGAUCUACCAGAGAGGUUUGACUCGUAUCAGCAGGUGUUGUGCAAAGAGGGACUGAGUGGACGCCAUUACUGGGAGGUAGAGUGGGGUGGUUACGUCCGUGCAGGUGUCACAUAUAGAGGCAUCACAAGGAGAACGUGGGCAUUAGAAAGCUCACUUGGACACAGUGAAAAGUCCUGGGUUUUUGAUUAUUAUGUAACAAGUGGAUAUCACCAAAUUUAUAAUGGUAAAAAGGAACGUGUCAGUGUGUCCUCUCCUGGCUUUAAACGACUAGGAGUGUAUCUGGACUGGCCUGCUGGCACUCUGUCCUUCUACAUGGUUGGCUCUAACUUUGUGACUCACCUCCACACCUUUCACACCAAAUUCCAUGAAACUGUUUAUCCUGCGUUCUUGGUUGGGUUUUCAAACCCAACUCGAUAUGGUGAGAUCAAACUCCUCUAAAAUCUAGUCAGAUAUAAGAUGCUGACUCUUCGGUAGUGAUUUAUUUAGUUAAUCUUCCAGAGAUGUGUUUUACAGGAGGCUGAGACCAAAUCUCGUGUAUGGUAGAAUAUGGGGCUGAUUCUGUUAAAAGUUGCAGUACAUGAGUUUCGCAAGGGGACCUUUAACACAUUUUGACCCUUAGUUUUGAGUCAAAGAUUUAACUUUAACUUAGUAACUUUGCAUGCUAUAGCUUCAUUGCAUGACAAGCAAGUACACAAUAUAAUAGCCACUAUAAACUGGUGAUCAAUAGUCUGAAAGCUUUGCAUGAUGGGUGUGGAGCUAAUAGCCUGAUGGUCACAUCACAUAGCUGCAUAAAAAUUAAAACCUAAGUUGUAAUGAUUUUCUCUUCGGGAGUCGGUUAAACAGUUUGUCACUACAACAGAAUGAUGUGUUUUCAUUUUAUAUUAUAAAACAGUUACUGGGGAACAGUGAAGUAAAAUGAAGCUCAAAUAUGAUGUGAAAGUUGUCCAGGAAGUCAGAAAGACGGCUUUGUUAUAAUCUUUAAGUUUGAGAUUGAGUUUGUGAUUAAGUUUAAGAUCCAAAAAUAAAAGCCAAGUUGUAAUGAACAGGAAAUACCCACACUGAGAAAGAAUGCAAAUAUGAACAUAAUACAAACUAUUAAAUAACUGAUAUAAAAUGUACUGAAUGCAACAUACGUUAAUAUUGUCAUAUUUGAUCAUGUGGUGCCAUCUGUCUUUAUUUGCAUAUAAAGGUAUAACAAGUUAUAACAGUUUUUAUCUUCACUUGUAAGCUUCCUAAUCUGAUGCUGUGUUUUGCCAAAUUUAUUUUCUUUUCAAAAUUAAUAGAACUAUUAGAAAUUAUUAGAAAUAGUUGACUACAUUAGCAUAUGUGUUGGUGGAUUUUCAGCUUUUGAGACGUGCAUUACAUACACAGUGACCGCAACCUUGAUGUUCAGAAGAGAGUGUUGUUGUUCAGAGGACUUUUUAAAGUUGUCCUCCUGACCGGAAGACGAGAUGACAUCAGCCUCAGCUUGCUUUGAUCAAAAUGUUAUCGUGUUGACGUGACUCUCUAAAUCUGUUGUAACAUCUGAUUAAUGUUUGUUGUCUGAUUAAAUGAAAUAAAACAACAUAAACUGGAGAUCUGAA